AAGAGGCAUUGAUGUCCACGUACUUCGAGUCAGUGCAGGACCUGUUGGCAUCUUUUGGGCCUGUCCGUGACUGCUCCAAAGACAACGGUGGCUGCAAAAAAAAUUUUAAGUGUGUAUCUGAUCGACAGAUGGACUCCUCGGGAUGCAUGUGUCCUGAGGGGCUGAGGCCAAUGAAGGAUGGCUCAGGUUGCUAUGACUACUCCAGCGGCAUUGAUUGCACGGAUGGCUUCAAUGGAGGCUGCGAACAGCUGUGCCUCCAGCAGCUCGUACCCCUCGAAGAUGACCCAACUUCCAACAAUGUCCUUAUGUUUUGCGGGUGCGUGCAGGAGUACAAGCUGGCAGGAGACGGGCGCUCCUGCCUCCUGCAGUCAGAGAACUGUGAGGGACCAAAAUGCCCGAGGCAGGGUGUCCACUUCAAUGACACUCUGUUUGGUGAGAUGCUGCAUGGAUACAACAACAAAACGCAGCAAGUCAACUUGGGACAGAUAUUCCAAAUGACCUUCCGGGACAACAACUACAUAAAGGACUUUCCACAGUUAGCCGAUGGACUCAUGGUCAUCCCCUUGCCAGUUGAGGAACAGUGUCGGGGAAUCUUGUCAGAGCCAUUGCCCAACCUGCAGCUUCUAUCAGGGGAUGCCCAGUUCAGUGAAGCGGUAGGCUAUCCAAUGGUUCAACAGUGGAGGGUGCGCAGCAAUCUGUACAAAGUCAAACUCAGCUCCAUAACCUUAUCCACAGAAUUUUCUAAGGUGCUCAAGACGCUGUCAGGUGAGAGCACACGUGAGGAGCUCCUGGCUUUUCUCCAGCAGUACGGCAGCCAUUACGUGUCCGAGGCCCUGUAUGGCUCUGAACUCAGCUGCAGCAUCUACUUCCCAAGCAAGAAGGCCCAGCAGCAGCUCUGGCUGCAGUACCAGAAAGAGGCAACAGACCAGGGAGUCGGAGGGGCAGGGCGACGGGAGCUUAAGUCCGUUCCCUUCAUCAACUACCUGUUGGCCCUGCAGAAGAGCCAGCUGCUGUCUGACGACCUGGUGAAUGGCGUAGAGAUCCGUUGCGAAGAAAAGGGCAGCUGUCCCUCUGGCUGCCACCUGUGCCAUCACCAGGGCAUGAUGGGAGGAGGGUUGGGGAGAAGCCGCAAUGGUAAUGGUAGGAGUGGUGAGCAGCCUUCUCCCAUCCCUGUCCUCCUCGAAGUCAGCAGGGUUGUGCCGCUUUACAGCCUGAUCCAAGACAACGUCACCAAAGAGGCCUUCAAGAGUGCCACAAUGAGCUCGUACUGGUGUGCUGGAAAGGGCGAUGUCAUUGAUAACUGGUGUCGCUGUGACCUCAGUGCCUUCAGCAAAGACGGCUUGCCUAACUGCAGUCCCCUCAGGCAGCCAAUUUUGCGUCUAGCCCCCUACAUGGAACCCUCAAGUACAACAGUGGCCCUGGAGUGGAUGGAUGUCGAGCCUCUGAUUGGCUGCAAGGUUUCUGACUACAUCAUUCAACAUAAACGCGUCGAGGAUCCCUCAGAAGCGGAAAUCUACACAGGUGAAGUUCUGAGCUUGAUGGAUGACCUAUUCUCUGGUUUGAGCUCAUCCUGUGUUGUUGCUGGGAAAAGGACCGGAGACCAUCCCCAGUCUGUGGUGUAUUCGGUUGUCUUCAAGUGCCUAGAACCUGACAGCCUCUACAAGUUCACCCUCGUUGCAGUGGAUAAUCGGGGCAGUCACACUGAGUCAAGCUUCGUCUCCGUGCGCACAUCUUGUCCAGUGGUUGAUGACAGUCGAGCUGAAGAAAUAGCUGACAGGGUGUACAACUUGUACAAUGGCUACACCAGCGGAAAGGAACAGCAGAUGGCCUACAAUAUGCUGAUGGAGAUCCCUGCGCCGCUACUUUAUAGAGUCCAGCACCACUACAAUUCCCACUAUGAGAAGUUUGGGGACUUUGUCUGGCGUAGUGAGGAUGAGCUGGGCCCCAGAAAAGCUAACCUGAUACUUCGUAGAGUGGAGACUAUCAGCCUUUUCUGCCGAUCCCUCCUUCGCAGCACCCACAUCCAGAGCCGCACAGAUACGAUGGCAUAUAUCUACUGCCGGAGCGAAGAUGGUGGAUCUCCCAGCAACAUAUGGCAUGGUUCCUUACAUGACAGACGUGCAAUGUGCAUGGAAAAGCUCAUUUCUUUACAGCGUAACACUUACAGUAACACUAAACUCCGGUGAGAAAUAAAUGGAGAAAUGAGCACAUAUCUUCUUUUUCUGCAAAAUGACACCAUUGAUUGGUAAACCUCAUCGGUACGCUCUGCAGCAAGUGUAUCUCACGUGACUGGCGUAUUUUAAAAAUACCAGGAGAGCCUUCAAGAAAACCUCAGAAUUCACUGGACAUCUUGUUAAAGCUACCAAACAAAAACUUAUUUUUGUGUGGCAUACUUUUAUUAGAAGACAGAAGAUAUUGCAGUCACUGGAGUGGACAUGUUUUUCAGCUACAGAAUACCAGUGAUUGUGCACAUCAGUGAGAAACUGCAGUAUAAACAUGUAAAACUGACAGCCAACGGCAUAAAAAAGAAAAACAUACAAAAACAGUGGUUGGCUUAAAUAUCAUGAAUGUAAGAAUAUUGUUCAUUUUUGGUGCUUACCUUGGACACUGAAAAACAAAAGAAAGAAAAAAACAAUUAUGUAAUUUAUUGGCCUUUGCUACAUUCAUUGAAAAGAAAAGGCUGAAUUGUGUGAUAGCCAUUUAAAAACGAUAUUUAUUUAUUUUUAUUUCACAUUAUUUAAGAAAUAUAUUUAUUUGCAUAAGGAAUUUAAAAUAAUUAGGUGAGUACACAGGUAAUGAUAUUACACUUUGAUAGCUUUUAUUUAGGGUUGCAGUUGAAAAUUCUGACGCCUGGAAGCAUUAUGCAAAGAUGGUUUAUUGGUUGAAUAUAAUCAAGGCAUUCUUCUUAAGCUUUAAUUUCUUAGACAAAAUGCAGGAAUGAUUUUGUCUUGUUCCCUUUUCAUCUUUAAAGUUUUUAAAAGUAAACCUAAUUUUGUAUAUAGCAACUGUAUUAAAGGAUGUUUUAUAAGGCUGUCCUAAUCAAGAUUUUUUUGUCACGGAUAAUGUCAUGAAAAGUAGGUAUUUGCUUAUACAUAGUCUCAAUCAGAUACAGGCCUUUUUAAUACACAUUAAUACAACUAUUAAAAUGCUGUUUAUGUAAUUGAAGCCUCAGAAGUUUGAAGUGCUUGAAAUGACCAACUAUCCUCCUCUUGGUAGCCUAUGCUUCUGCAAUGCUGUACCUAUACGAGUGUGUACACAAAAAAAUCCAAUGCUCGAAAUCCCUACAUCAUGCCUCAUUAUUUCAUAUUUAUUGCAUUAUAACCUAAAGUAAAGGGGUGCUCUCUUUAUCAAUUUCCCAUCUGUUUCACACCUUGUUGAUUGCUUGCACAUAUGCUUUGAGGUAUGACAUCCACAACCCUGCUGGGCAUGAAGCACACCCCAUUUUUGAUCUACGAGGAAUCAACGAGUGUCAUUCAAAGUAGUGACAUCGAGCAAAACUUGGAACUUCAGAUGUCUGUAGCGAAGCUAAUAGCAGCCACAGUAGAUAACUACCCUGAAGGUAAUGGAUACUUCUUUAAAUAAACAUCCUGGGUAGUACUGUAUCAGCUAUCUCGGAUCUAUAGAAGGGAGAUCAUAUCAUGGCUUGACCAGCUACAAUGCGUCACAAGUGGAUGAAACAAUAUUAUCCACUUUAGCAAUAGGUUGGUAAUCCUGAAUAGUAAAUUCAAACACCUGUUCUGCAACUUUUCUGACUUUUUGCUGUCCCUUUGAAAUGUAACUCUUCUCUUUGGAGUUUCCUCUAAAGUUUGUUGCUUCACCUUACUAAGGUUUAGUUAGCUGGAUGAACUUUGGGUAUGUAGCGUCUUCCCCAAAGCAUCAAAAAAGAAAGUGGACAUUGAACUGUUUUAUUUUUCUGUUUUAAAAUAUUUCCAAAACACAGACAUCUCAGUAAUGGCUCUGUCAGUUUUACCCUUCACCAAUUUAUACCUCUGUUUCAGCCUCCACGUUGACAGUUAAUUUCGUCCUACUACCAUUUUGUACCUGUAAAAAAAAAAUUUACCUAAACUGUGAGGGUAUUAAAUAGCUAAGGGGAUGAAAUUACCUGCACCCGUAAAAAGCACUAAUUUGCGUAUUCCAUCUCAACUUUUUACAGCAGCUAAAAUUUGUAUAGUUUUUAUAAGCUAUUGCUUUAUUUUGUGACUGAAGUAAAAUCUUGUGAUCAGGGCAACAAGAUGUAAUGUAUGGGCAAUCAUCUAGAACAGGCUUAUAUUGAAGGCAACUGGACUUUCACUUACUUUUUGUGAAUAUUUUUUGACACCUUCCAGAAUUUUUUGUCAACCCUAGUUGCUCGCAAUUAAGCUACCUGGAGGUUUGGAGUAGUCUUGUGUAGUUAUUGAAUGAUUCAUUUAAAAAGAACAAAUCAUCUGAGUGAACAAACUGAACCGAAUCACUUCAUUAAAU